AUGGAAAACAGUAAAGACAUAGUGCUACAUGGAAAUAGUGACGAAAGAGUGUGUAAUGACAAUGAUCAUGUGAUAUGUGAGAAAAAUGUAAGAGCUAAUGAAAUCGAAUUAGAACUGAAGGAAUGGAAAACGAGUAAGGAGGAUAUCUUAUCAUUUAUGCAGAAUAGAAAAAUUAUGAAUUUUUCUGAUUAUAUAUCGAAAUAUGAUAGUGAAAUAAAAAAAAAAAUGGACCAAGAAGAAAUUAUUGUCAUUUGUACAAUUGUUAAUAUACCUUACCAAGUCCGGAAUUAUAAUAAAGAAAAAUUUAUUUUUUGGGACAUUUCAGAUUUGCAAAAUACACAGUCAAGACUCUUUUUAACGGGGGAAAUUUGUGAACAAAAUGAAUCCGAAAAGGAAGGAACCGUAAUUGCAUUAGUCAACCCAGUUGUAAAAGACAAAGAUCCACAAUACUACAAUUCUAGAUUGUUAGAAGUGUUAGAAAAAGCAAAUUUAAAAAUCAUAGGAUCAAUUGAUAAACUAGAAAGAUGCAAAGGAAGAAAGCGAAAUGGGGAAGGAUGCAAAAUUGUUAUUUAUACUCCACUCUUUGGCCAUUUUUGCAAGUAUCACGUUAAACAAGAUCGAACAAAACGUGGAAAGAAGAAAUCCGGAAGAAACACAAGAUAUGUAGAGGUUGGACCUAUAACAUGGGACGAAGAAGAUGCUGCAGAAGAACCGGAUGUGACAAACCCUGUGAACGAGGGGGAACAUGCUAUCCCCUUAAAGUGUGCAGAAGAAAAUGAAAGCAGUACUUCUACUACUACAACCUGCAACAGUAAAACAAAAAGCAAGAAGAAGAAUAUGAAUAAGAAAAAGGAUGGUAUGGAAGGGAUUGGUGAUAUGAAGGGAAAUGGCUUAGACAGAGACGGGGAAAUACUCGAUAUAGAAUCCAUCAUAGGUAUGUACACAAGUAAGCUGGUAGUUAAAGAUAAAAAAAAAAAAAAAGAGCUGAUUGAAAACAGAAUAAAAGAAUUAGAUAAUAUUUCAAAGUUAAACAAUGAUGGACUUGAUUUAGAUAUGAUAGAAAAAGAAGAAUCAGUGAAUAAGGAAGAAGAAGAAGAAGAAGAAAAAAAAAAAAAAAAAGAAGGAGGAGGAGGAAAAGCACACAAAACAGCAAAUGAUAUUUUAUCUGUACAAUGUCCUGAACUUAUACAUUUAAUUCACAAAUCUAAUAAAAAAGAUGAAGAUGAGAAAGAAAUAGAUCAAGAAGAAGCUUUAAAAAUUAAAGAAGAAACUUGUAAAAAAAAUGAACAACACGCUGCUUCCAAUGAAGAAAAACAGAAAAGAAAAUUUGAUAAUUUCUUAGCUAAAUUAAUUGAAUUACAAAAAUCCAAAGAUGAAAAUGAUGUUAAAACUCUCAUAAAGGGAUUAGUUUAUGUUACCAAUAAUUUCAGUUUUAGCAUAAAGAAUGUAAGCAAUUCCAACAUCUUUGAUGUGUGCUACAAGUUGAUGGAUCAUAGGAAUGAAGAUGUUGCUAUAGCAGCUUUGAAAUUUAAAAGAAAAAUUAACACUCUAUAUAUCAACUACUACAAAAAUAAGCUUAAGAAGCAAAAAGUUGCUGAAUCAGGAAGAGGAAAUGAGGUCUCUGCUCAUGAGAAGAUUGCUGAGUGUGAAAAGAACCACUCUAGUCCUGCAUAA